UUCAAGAAAUGAAAAAUGAACUUGUUCUGUCCUUGUGAAGGGCAUACCCAUUGGCAGACCCAGAACGCAAGAAGUUGUCAUGUGAAGCCAGCGUUAUACAUGCGCAGUUGGCAACACCAAAUUAAAAAACCCACUUCGUCAGUGACGUUCUUUUACGACGGGUCGGCCAUUUUCAGCGGCGAAACGAAUUUAUUGAACAACAGAAUGUUUUCGACAUUAUUAUCAAAAGUUUCUUGUCAUGCAUCAGAAAGUGUUCAAACCUCACCAUCCCAAGAUGUCCCUCAAAGAGGUUUGGUUCAGUCACUUGUAGCUGGUCGAGAAAUAGCAGCCGCUGCCGUUGUUCCUGGAGACAGCUGUGAAUUUGGUUCGGGUCACUACUUUGCAUUAUGUGGUCUAGGGGGUAUAUUGUCUUGUGGAAUAACACACACAGCUGUAGUACCAUUGGAUUUAGUCAAGUGCCGAAUUCAAGUAGACCCAGUCAAAUACAAAAGUGUGUUUCAUGGUUUCAAAGUCACUUUGAAAGAGGAUGGAGCAAGGGGAUUGGCAAAAGGAUGGGCUCCAACUUUCUUUGGUUACUCUGCUCAAGGAUUGUGCAAAUUUGGUCUUUACGAAGUCUUCAAAGUUUUUUAUAGCGAUUUGAUUGGUGAAGAGAAUGCUUACCUGUACAGAACUUGGUUGUACCUCAGUGCUUCCGCUUCUGCUGAAUUCUUUGCUGAUAUUGCUCUUUCUCCUAUGGAAGCUGCAAAAGUGAAGAUUCAGACCACGCCUGGAUUUGCAAAUACUCUUCGUGAAGCUUUCCCAAAAAUAUAUAGAGAAGAAGGACUCAACGGUUUUUACAAAUCACUUGUUCCCUUGUGGAUGAGGCAGAUCCCUUACACAAUGAUGAAAUUUGCCUGCUUUGAACGUACUGUGGAACUUCUGUACAAAUAUGUUGUACCUAAACCUAGAGCAGACUGCAGUAAGGGCGAACAGCUUGUAGUCACAUUCGCUGCAGGUUACAUCGCUGGUGUAUUUUGUGCUAUCGUUUCUCACCCAGCUGACACAGUUGUCAGUAAGUUGAAUCAAGAGAAAGGUUCGACUGCCUUAGAGGCCGCUAAGAAAUUGGGUAUGGCUGGAUUGUGGAAAGGUUUAACGCCAAGGAUUGUCAUGAUUGGUACACUUACAGCUCUACAGUGGUUCAUUUACGAUGCAUUCAAGGUUGCCAUGCGUAUGCCACGUCCUCCACCACCAGAAAUGCCAGAAUCUUUAAAAAAGAAGCUAGAAGGAAAAACAGAAUAGAUUAAUAUUAAAACAAAUUUUCAACAACUUUCCAAGUAAAUGUGUAUUAAUGCAGUAUUUACAUUAGACAGACACUACAAAAGAUUAUUUAAUUCGGUCCAAGUGAAGUUCCCAUCAUAUUUUAAGUUGUUUACAACCACCUGUAUUUUAGAUUGUAUAUAGUGACUAUUAAAUACAGUUGAACUGUUUUCAAGUUGAUUGUUUUUCUGUCUGUAAAAUUAGCCGACUCGAGUGUAAAAUGAACAUUAAAUAUAAAUUAUAUUCGAAUAUUAAAUGGCUUGAGUAAG